CGCCGGGCGUUCGUAACGUGCCGUGGCGCUAGGCUAACCGAUGCGCCACCGCUCCCGGCCCCGAGGUUCACGCGAAAUUAUCGCAGGGGCGCCAUGAAACAAACAUCGCCGUUGUCGGGCUGCCCGGGGGCGGCAAUUUGGGCCCCGCUAAAUGUCCCGACGCGUCCCCAUUACUCGGCGUAAUCGGCCGUAAUCCGCGGGCCUCCUCCCUCCCGCGUUCCGUAUAAAAAGCGUCGGGCAUCGCUCACUCCGGCACAUCAGCACCCAGCUCCUCCAGCUCCUCCAGCUCCAGCUCCAGCUCCAGCUCAGCUCCAGCUCUCCAUCCAUCCACCCGACUCUCUCAGCGAACCAGCCGAGCCAGCUCAACCCGACUCAAAGCAAGCCAGCCAUGUCCUACAGCAAGCCCUGCGAACCCUGCGUGCCCAACAAGUACGUCAGCAACUUCGCGCCCACGCCGAAGCUGCCCAAGCCGUGCGCGCCGUGCCACGCGCCGUGCCCCGCGCCCGCCCUUUGCCCGCGGCCGUGCCCGCCACGCACCACCGUGCGCUGCUGCACCCCGGGGCCCGAACCGUGCCACGACUCGGGCCACGGGUUCUCAUCCCUGGCGCCCUUCAUCCACGGCGGGGCCUUCUACACGGGAGGCGCCGCGCACGGCUCAAAGCCCUCGUGCUCAUCCUACGUCCCGUUCACGAGCGCGCCCUGCGGGCCUCCGCCCUGCGGGCCCGUUCACCACGGGAGCUUCCACGCGCCCUGCGGGCCCGCGCCCUGCGCGCCCGUGCCCAAGUGCAGCAAGGCCGUGCCCGUGUGCCCGCGGCCGUGCCCGCCCCCCGUGUGCCCGACGCCGUGCCCUCGGCCGUCCGCGUGCAUCCCGCGCGUCAGCAUGGAGCCGCUGUGCCCGGCGCCCUGCGUGCAGAUCGACCGCAGCGGGCAGAACGUGCGCUGUCAAGAGAAGAACGCCAUCAGCCACCUGAAUGACCGCUUCGCCAGCUUCAUCGACAAGGUUCGCUACCUGGAGCAGGAGAACAAGGUGCUGGAGGCGCAGUGGGGCUGUCUGCAGGCGCGCGUCUGCACCUCCGACCUGGACUCGAUGUUCGAGACGUACGCCCAAGCCAUCAAGAGGCAGCUCGACUGCGUGCUGGCCGAUCGCCCGAGGCUCGAGACGGAGCUCCACCAGACGCGCGCACUCGCCGACGAGCACAAGCUCAAGUACGAGGCGGAGGUGACUGGGCGCGAGGCGGCGGAGGCGAACUUCGUAGCCAUUAAGCGGGAGGCUGACGACAACUACAUGGGCAAGGUGCAGAUGGAGACUCGCGUGGGACAGCUCAGCGAUGAGCUUCACUUCAUCAAGGAGCUCUUCGCCUGCGAGAUGCAGGAGAUGGAGGAGCGGAUCCGCGACAUGAACGUGACCAUCGACCUGGACACGGGCUGCAACUUCGACCUGAGCUCUCUCAUCGCCGAGGUCCGCGCCAACUACGAAAUGGUUGCCGCACGCAGCCGCGAGGAGGUCGAGUGCUGGUACAAGAGCAAGAUGGACGACAUGGCCGAGGCGUCCGAGAGGCACUGCAUUGAGUUGCGCUGCACCAAGAACGAAAUCCUUGAGCUCUCCUCCAUGCUGCAGAGGCUCGCGUGCGAGAUCGACGGCCUGAAGACCCAGCGCUACCAGCUGGAGAGCUCCAUCCAGGAGGCGGAGACCCGCGGGGAGCUGAACGCGCACGAGGCCCGUGACGCGACCGCGCGCGUCGAGAUGGAGCUGUCGCAGGCGAAGGCCGACAUGGCGAGGCACGUGCGCGACUACCAGGAGCUCAUGAACGUGAAGCUGGCCCUCGACAUCGAGAUCGCCACCUACCGCAAGCUGCUGGAGGGCGAGGAGAGCAGACUACACUGCGUGCCCGACCGCUGUGGGCAGCCCUGCAUGCCCUGCGACCCAUGCGGUCCCUCCCGUCGCUGUCUGUGAAGGGUGACCACUCAAACACCCCCCCCCCACCCCCCACCCUCGUGUGGGAUGGGGGUGCCAAGUACCCCCACCUCUCCCACCCCUCGCUCACUCAUCCCCCCGCCCCUCCCCGCCUAGCCCCCACCCUCGAGCGAAGAGUCAAUCGGAGGAAUGAGACCGAACGGAUGAUCCUGGGUUCAGUCACAGGCCGUAGAUGCUACCACCAACUACCACCAACUACCACCAACUACCACCAACCACCACCACCACCAAUGCAAACGCCGCCGAACAAUACAACAGCCACUAAUGCUACCACCACCAACAACACCACAACCACCACCACCGAUACAACCGCCACGAACACAACCAAUGCAACAAACCAGCACCACCAACGCAACCACCACCGCCAAGGCGACAACGACCACCAUCACUCGCACCACCACCAUCACCACCACCAACACGACCACCAAUUCCUGGCAAACACUGGGGAGUCAAAGGCGGCUGGUCACCGACCCCCAUCUCGCGUGCCAUGCCGGCCUUCACAGGCGCUGCUGCAACUCCUCGCCAACAGCACUUGCCCCAACAGUCUAUUGAGGCUAUACGGGAGGGAUGGUGGGGGAGUGUGGAGUCUUUGUCUUUGUGCAAGGGACAACAUCGCCGCUGGUGGUGGUGGUCGUGGUCGUGGCUUCGGGCAUUUGAGGUCAAUUCCAACCGAGAGGCAACGUUGGCUUACGUCCGCGAUCCCACUCGGCCACUGUCGUUCGUCGGAGCUGCGGGCUUCGUGUGUAGAGUUUUAGAGAAUUCAAAAUAAACUUUGACCUCGUCAGCACA